GCCCGUCGAUGCGUUCGCACGUCUGUUCCGUGGAAACCGAAGCCGCGGUUCGCAUUCGCGUGCGUGUGUGUUUGCUGUAGUCCGAAAUCCGGUUGGCCUGCGGUCGUGAAGUGUUUGGCAAAGCAGCUAGAAAAAAGCUUUGAGGCGCAGAGAAGAGAGAAGUCCAACGAGCCGUCAUCCCGUGCUGUCGCGAUUGUCUGUGAGCGCCGGUGUUGAAUGUUUAAUGAAGUGUUUAACGUAACCUGCAGAAAGUGAGGAACCUGCUUGUUAGUGUGUUGAAUGGCUGUUGUUGUUUGUUUCCUUGUAACUGCGUGGGAAAGCGACAAGUAACGAAAGUAUUUCGGCAAAUAAAUGUUGGUCCCCCUAGCAAGAGUUCGCAGUGUCAGGUGCAUCGAAGCGACCGCAUCCAGCGGUGCAAUAUAGCUACGCAAGAAAUUAGAAUUGACCUCUAGUAUUGUUCGGUUUACUUCAUCAAAGUGGGCCACUUGCGCGGAUCGUGCCCAUUGCUGGGGAGAAAUAGAUAAACCCGUGAAACCUCAUCAUCUUCUCCACUGACCGAGUGACCGAAAAAGAGGCCGCUCUGGAAGCUGCACCGCACCGUCAUAAUCACCACAUUCCGAUGGAAGUGCUUUUUCGGUGCAACCGGUUUACCCAUUAGUGCGGCUUCUCGAAACCCGUGGAUCUCGGGUAAUGGUGAUGCUGCGGGGUUAGAUUUUGCUUUCCCCCCGACUGCCCCCUCACCCGGUCUUCUGCCAUCUGGCCGAAUCACUCGAUUGGCACCUUCGACCACCGUACAAGCACCGCGAACAACGCAAUCACCGGCGUCAUCAUCACCUUCGGCUUUUGCGUUCCCGCGAGGGCAGCGAUAGUAGCGGCGUUGUGGACCAAUUAGGCGGAAGAAACGACUGAAAGGAAGCGGAGGAAAACGAAAAACAAAAAACAAAACCACCAGGAAAAAAAAGGAAAACCACCACGGAGAGUUGAACGCGUGAAUGGGCGAGCGAACGGCACCUCUACUCAUAUGUUAGGAAUGUACACAAUGCGACUCCCAAGACGUCGCUGAUCAAACGAUCAUGUUCGAGCGUCGCGUGAUCGGACUGCUGGGUUUUCUGUUGCUAACGGUGGCAAUAUGGCAGAUAUCACCAGGCGACGUGGCCGAAUACAGAGAGUCGCCGGUUCCGUACCUGACCGGUGCGGCACCGUCGCUGGCCGUUCCUUCGAGCCAAACCGAGGCGCAACGACGUGGGAACCAUCGCGGUGAUAAUGUGGUGUUCGAGAGUGGCGGUGUUAGGAGAGCGUUCGGUUACGCAGGGGAGGAAGGAGCCGCUGGCCACGGAAGGCGGAGCAGAGAAGGCGCCGGCGAAGGGUCAGACCAGGGCGCAACCGGGAGUAGCAGCAGCACGCAGUCGAUAGCGUCGUUAACGGUGGCCAAUGCGGUUGGCGAAGUGUUGCCAAAUGAUGACUACCACAGUUUGAUAGAUUUGGGGGAUUUUAGAUUCACCAUCAACUACGACUACUGCGGUGCGGGCACGGACGAUGGCGGACGGGGCAGGAGUAGCGGCAGUAGUUGGAAUCGUGAGGAUGUUAGUCGGAAGCGCCGGAGUAGAAGUCGCCUGAGUAGCCUUAAGCGUGGAGAUGCCUUACGUGGCACGCGGACAACGCCAUCGACGCCACCGUUAGUAUUAGUACUGAUCCACUCGGCUCCGGCCAACCUGGCCAAGCGCAACACGAUCCGCACGACGUGGGGCAGGACGGAUCCGCGUGCAAAGCUUAUCUUCCUAAUGGGUGCGGUCAGCUCGGGCGCGCUCCAGCGUGACAUUGAGCAGGAGUCGCUCACGCACGACGACAUCGUGCAGGGCAACUUUGUCGACGCGUACCGCAACAUGACGUACAAGCACGUGAUGGCGCUGAAGUGGUUCACCUACCACUGCCCCGGUGCACGCUACCUGCUGAAGACGGACGACGAUGUUUUCAUCAACACGCCCGUCCUGUACGACGUGCUGGAGCGGGUGGCGCCACAGCAGAACCUGCUGCUCUGUCAGCUCGUAACGAAGCUCGCCGUCAAGCGGACGCACCGGUCGAAGUGGUUCGUCAGCUGGCGCGAGUAUCCAGCCCCGUACUACCCGCCGCACUGCCCCGGCUACUCGAUUCUCUACUCGCAAGACGUGGCCCGCCAGCUGUACCACGAGGCACAGCGGCAACCGUUCUUCUGGAUCGAUGACGUGCACAUCACGGGCACGGUGGCACAGAACGUGAACGUCACUAUCACGCCGAUGGACGACCUCUACCUGGACCACGACAAAAAGCGAACCCUGCUGCAGGACAAGCCCGAUCGUUCCGCUUGGAUGGUGUUCUUUUUCACCAAUCCGAAUCUCCCCAUGCACGAAAUACGCGAACUGUGGGAGGCAGUCACGGUGGGACAGAACCGCGUCCGGAGAUAGCGUGCACAUUUAAAACCGCUCGCGCGCGGCUCGGGCUAACGUUGUGAUAAGCGUUUUCGUUUCGAGUCUCCGGAAGGGUUCUUUUUUAUGAUUUACUUUUAGUAGCCUUUUGUUUUUAAUUCAAUUUUAAGGAAAACGAGUCAGCUCACCGAUUUUUCGAAGAGUAUAUUUCCAUUAUGUUUUGUUUGUUUCUGUUGGCACCCUAUGCCUAACUAAGAACGGUCGAUCAAAAACCCAAAGAUUAGUGGCUCCGGAUAAAUGUUAUCCGCCCUGGUUGUCGCAAACCUGUCCAUAGGCGUUCGUAUCGACGUGCAAUAUGUCCCACGUUGAAUUGGACCGCACACCAUACGGAAUAUCUUGCAAACUCCUUUUGAUCUAUUUCUUUCACAUUUCUAGUUCAUUUUAAAACAAAGUUAGAAAAGAUUACCAAUUGAAAAGUUAAGUAACUUCUUAGUUUGUGGCAGUGAGAUAUCCUUAUUCAAACGUAACUUUUGCCCCUCCCGCUAAUUUUGAUAAGAUAUAAAGAAUAAGAUCCCUUCAAUGUCUUGUCCGUGUACAUGUUUUGUUUUUAUACGUGUUCCUAAGUAUCUCACAAAUAAAAAGCUUUUGCUUAAUCCAUGCUUUUUGGUUAAUAAGUUUGAUAUUGCUUACAUUUAUCGUUCGAUUUGGAUGCAAUGUUAUGCUCCGGUUGGUGAAGAACCACAAAAAAGAACCAUCACGUACACCUGAUUUGUGCUAGAGUGUUUCCGGUGUGUGUGUGUGCGGAUACAAUUCAAUAAGGGUUCGAUCGCAUAUUUUUUAAUAUUGGACUGAGACCGAUUUUUCUGCAACCAACAACGGUCGAGUGGCUGCGAGCGCGAGAACAAAUGAAGGCGAAAAAAAAAACUAGAGCAGAAAAGCUAGCACAUUGUGUGGUACAAGAAUUGCAUGGAGGCAGGUCCGAAAAAACUCCUUACUUUAGAGAUAGUGAAAGCAACACAACCAAAACACUUUCGCAAGCGAAAAGAACUAGUUAUGCAAUCAAACGCUCAACACGAACUAGGAAGAGCGAGUGGAACAGUUGUUUACCGGUCACGAAAAAAUGCCGAAAGCCAUAAGUAUAUAUAGAGAUAUAUAUAUAUAUAGAUUUAUAUAUAGCAGUGUUUAGCUCGUCAACUAUGAACUAAAAAUGGGAAGUGCGUAAUAGGAGCGUAUUAACUCGAGAUUGAUUGUGUGAAUAGAUAUACAUAUAUAUAUUAUAUACAUAAAUGUAGACAAACAAGAAACGUGUGCACAACUAGGAUCAUAAAAUUUCAAGGAAUUAUGGACUGUUUUAAAAACUAUAAUGCCACUAAGAGGGUACGUCGCGAACGUAAAACAGAAAUUGAAUUGCCUACAACAUUCUUGAUGAUGUCACUAUUCCACUAAACGCAAACGAGAGAUAUAUUUGACGAUAUAUAAAGUUAGAGUAAAAUAACAAAGUAAAUGAAUGUUAACAUAAAGCGACCAUCAUAUAGGAAAAGUGGUAGAGAAAACGGUGUUAAUUACAAAACGUAAGAAAAACAAAAACUGCAAAAAUCAAAGAUUCAAUUACGUUGCUGCAAUGUCACGUAAACGAUUCAAUUGAAUAAUGAACAAAACACACCUAAGAGCUUGGAAAUACUUGAACAUAAUUCUGUUGAACAUUUUGUGAUAAGCAUACGCAUGCUGACCGUGAUGGAAGGGUUUAAUAUAAAUAUUUUAUGUUGUCCACUACGCGUUUGGUAAAAGUUUGCUAGCAUUGCGUCAAGUUACUUUUAAUUGUCGAAUGGUUCGGUUUGACUUCAAAGUUUUUUUGUUCCGACGUGUAUUAGCCACUGUGUAGUAUUGUUAUUUUUUUUUAUCUCACGGAAUAUAAAUUCAAACACACAACUUCCUAACCGAAUGGAAGACGUGUUAGACGA